UCAACGGUUUUUUUGACGCUAGAUUUUUGUUCAGGGCGAAACUAGCGCCAGCUUUCUUCGAGCCGCUCGUGCGGGAAACAUCGACAAGGUUCAGGAACAUCUGAAGGCCGGCUGUGACAUAAACACAUGCAACGCGAACGGCCUGAACGCGUUGCAUCUGGCAUCCAAAGAGGGUCAUGUGGACGUUGUUGCCGAACUGCUCAAGCAAGGGGCGAAUGUGGAUUCAGCCACCAAGGUUUGUUUGCCAUUUUUUACUUUGAAAAUAUAAAU